AUGGACAAUAAGCUGAACGGAUCCCUGCCUGUUGGCUCCUCGGAGUAUCUGCAACAGUGGAUUCAGUCUGCUCAACAGUUCCAAGCUCUCCAAGCCCAAUAUUCAGCCUAUAACCAUCCACCCCAUUACCCUGAGGCACAUACAGGGGGAGCAGCAGGAGAUACACCGCACAUUGUGCAGCCUCAGCCCAUGAUGGACCAGCAGGAGCCUACCAACCUAACAAAACCUCCGCCCAAAAAACGAGGCCGACCAGCUCAGCCCAAGGAACCCAAGCCACCAAAGGCUCCCAAAGUCCCGAAAGAGCCCAAGCCUCCAAAAGAGCCCAAGCCUCCUAAGGAACCUAAGGCUCCGAAGGUGCCCAAACCCCCAAAGGAACCCAAAGCGCCCAAAGGCAAACCGGGUCCAAAGCCCAAGAAGGGUGCCGAGGGCCAGGCGGCUGACGGCAAGCAGGAGAAAAUCGACGAAAGCUUCAAAAAGGUGAAGAGGAAAGUAGAUCGUUUCAAGGGCAUGUCGGAGGAGGAGGUGAUGAAGAAAACCCUGCCAGACCUGUUGGACUAUAAUCUUGACUAUGUCAUUAUUGGUAUCAAUCCUGGGCUGAUGGCUGCAUUUAUUGGACGAUGGUUUCCAGGUCCUGGAAAUCAUUUUUGGAAGUGUCUUUUCCUGUCGGGAUUCACCGAAGAGCAGCUCAACCACAUGCAUGACACCACUUUGCCUGGCAAGUACAAAAUGGGCUUCACCAACAUGGUUUCCAGGGCAACACCUGGCAGUAAAGACCUGUCAAGCAAAGAGCUGCGUGAAGGGGGCAAAAUUUUAGUGGAGAAACUAAUGAAGUACAAACCUCUCAUUGCUGUAUUUAAUGGAAAAUGCAUAUAUGAAAUGUUCUGUCGAGAGCUCUUUGGUAAAAAACCAAAGACACUGGAAUUUGGUUUGCAGCCUCACAAGAUCCCUGACUGUGAGGUGGCUCUGUACUUGAUGCCAUCCUCCAGCGCCCGUUGUGCUCAGUUCCCUCGCGCUCAGGACAAAGUGCACUUCUACAUAAAGCUCCGGGAACUGCGAGACCACCUGCGGGGCAUUCAAAGGCCCAGGGAAAUCGAGGAGAUCAAAUAUUCAUUCGACUUACAGUUGGCCAAGGAGGAUGCCAAGAGAGUGGCCAUCAAGGAAGAACAGUACGAUCCAGGUUAUGAGGAUGCAUACGGUGGAGCAUAUGGCCAGCCGCCAGCUGAGGGUCAGGUCAACGGUCAUUGCGUGUUCUCAUCGAAUCAGGAAAACCAUGCAGAAGACGGAGGGCAGGAGGCGAGCACGUCAAAGAAUUCCCAACUUCCCGACGAAGAGGAGACGACGCAAUCGUGUGCCAAUCAAAUUCCAGACAUGAGCGGAGGAGGAGGUGACGAAGGUGGAGGAGGUAGUCAAGCUGUAUGA